AUGGGAAGCAGCUCCUCCAGUCAACACCACUUUGCUUUUCAGAAUGCUGAGAAAGCCUUCAAGGCAGCGGCCCUGAUCCAGAGGUGGUACCGGCGCUACAUGGCCCGCUUGGAGAUGAGGCGGCGUUGUACCUGGAACAUCUUCCAGUCUAUAGAGUAUGCUGGACAGCAAGACCAGGUCAAGCUCCAUGAUUUCUUUAGCUACCUUGUGGAUCACUUCACACCCAGCAGCCACCACGAGAGGGACUUCCUGAACCGCAUGUUCACUGAGGAGAGAUUCGCCCAGGAUGUGGAGACAGACUACGAAUCCAUAGAGGUGCCCGACAGCUACACGGGGCCACGCCUCUCCUUCCCCCUUCUUCCUGACCACGCCACCGCCUUGGUGGAAGCUUUCAGACUGAGACAACAGCUCCAUGCUCGCUACGUCCUCAAUCUUCUGUACGAGACCCGGAAGCACCUGGCCCAGCUGCCGAACAUCAACCGGGUCUCAACCUGUUACAGCGAGGAGAUCACAGUGUGCGGAGAUCUACAUGGCCAAUUGGAUGACUUAAUAUUUAUAUUUCAUAAGAACGGUCUACCAUCGCCAGAGAGGGCGUACGUGUUCAAUGGUGACUUCGUGGACCGAGGCAAGGACUCAGUAGAGGUCCUGAUGGUUCUGUUUGCCUUCAUGUUGGUUUAUCCCAAAGAGUUCCAUCUUAACCGAGGAAACCAUGAGGAUCACCUCGUGAACUUACGAUACGGCUUCACCAAGGAAGUGAUGCAGAAAUACAAGAUCCACGGGAAGAAAAUCCUAAGGAUGCUUCAAGACGUCUUCUGCUGGCUUCCACUGGCCACACUGGUUGAUGAGAAAGUCCUUGUUCUUCAUGGCGGCGUCUCAGACAGGACAGACUUGGACCUUCUGGCUAAACUAAACAGGCACAAGAUUGUUUCUACCAUGAGGUGCAAAACGAGAAAGGAAAGUGAGAAUCGGGGGGAGCAGAAGAGAAAAGCCAACCAGACAAGCUCUGGACAGAAACCUACUCCAUGGUUUCUUCCGCAAAGCCGCUCUCUGCCUUCGUCGCCUUUUCACCCGGGCUCUGGCUCUAAAGCCUGCAAAACCUGCCGCUCCUGCAGCAUUCCCUGCAGCUCGCUGAGCCGCAAGGAGCAAUCCUGGCAAGUGCGGCGCUCUGUGGACCUGGAGCUGGAGCGGUGCCGGCAGCAAGCCGGCUUCCCAGGGACCAGAGAGAAGGGGGAGCCCUCGCCCUUGGCCCCAGACACGGACUGUGAUGCUGAUGUACGACAGACACUGGAGCCCACUCUGGAGGAGUGGAAGCAGGUGGUGGAUAUUUUGUGGAGUGAUCCCAUGGCUCAGGAGGGCUGCAAGGCCAACACUAUCCGAGGAGGAGGCUGUUACUUUGGGCCUGAUGUGACAGAAAAGUUGCUGGAGAAAUACAAGCUGCAGUUCUUGAUUCGCUCACAUGAGUGCAAACCUGAAGGCUAUGAAUUCUGCCACAACCGCAAGGUGUUGACCGUCUUUUCUGCCUCCAAUUAUUAUGAAGUUGGCAGCAACAGAGGUGCCUAUGUCAAACUGGGACCAGCCCUGACUCCACAUAUCGUGCAGUAUCAAGCUAACAAGACGACACACAGGCUAACCAUGAGGCAAAGGAUCAGCAGGGUGGAGGAGUCAGCCCUGAGAGCCCUGCGGCAGAAAUUAUUUGCUCAUUCCUCGGACCUGCUCGUCGAAUUUCAGAAGCAGGACGUGGAUGAGAGCGGCACGGUCACCCUGAAUGACUGGGCAGUUGCCGUCGAGUCUGUGCUGCACCUGGGCCUGCCAUGGCGGAUGCUCCGGCCACAGCUGGUGAACAGUUCCGCGGAUAAUGUGCUGGAGUACAAGUCCUGGUUGGAGAGCUUGGCCAAAGAACAGCUGAGCCGAGAGAACAUCCAGUCGAGUCUUCUGGAAAAACUCUAUCGAAACCGAUCGAACUUGGAGACGAUUUUUAGGGUCAUCGACAGUGAUCAUUCAGGAUUCAUCUCCCUGGAUGAGUUCAGGCAGACGUGGAAGCUCUUCAGCUCGCACAUGAACAUUGACAUCACAGAUGACCACAUCUGUGACCUCGCCAGAAGCAUCGACUUCAACAAGGAUGGCCGCAUCGACAUCAAUGAGUUCCUGGAGGCCUUCCGCCUUGUGGAGCAGUCCUGCUCUGAGGGCCAUGCCUCUGCUUGCUUACAGUCCACAGACACUGCAGAGAGGGCCUGAAGCCGUCCAGGUCCAUGCUGAGGCUAGCCUGGCCCUUAUCACCUACAGUGCCUAGAGGCAAUGAGAGCUUAGGGCUCCACAUAGACUUGGAUGCUGAGAAUUUGCCACCACCAGGCAUUGGAAUCCAGAAUCACCUAUUUGUGGGUUGGUGGGCUAUGCAUGGUUUGUGUGUGUGUGCAUGUGUGUGUGUGUGUGUGUGUGUAUGUGUGUGUUUGUGAAUAGAUAGUGGUCCCGCCCUCAUCUCAGAAUCUUACAAAGUAGAACGUGGGUGUAGGUAUGUAUAAAUUCUAAAAUAUACUCUAGUUAUCGAUAAUUUAACACCCUCGUUUUCAUUUCAUACCUUUUAUUUAUUGUUUUAAAAUGUUAAGUUGGUGAAAGGUUUUUUAAUUGUAUUUACUCCUAUGACUGGUACCACCCUGACUGCAGCCUGGGAUGAGGACAGAAGGUUCAGUUCAUCUGUGCCCUGGCUUCUGCCCCUCAGCAAUGGUGAGGUAACAAACAGGUAUUGAUUUAACUCAUUCAACUUAUGGCAAAUCCGAACACAGUAUAGAGAAUUAAUACGAUAAACUUUUGUUUAGCUCACCUAAUUAAAAUUUUAUGUGUAUGGAUGUUGUAUCUGUGCUUGUGACAUGUGCACAGUGCCCAUAGAGGCCAGAGGAUGGUAUCAGAUCCCCUGGGACUAGAGUUAGAUGUUUUGAAUUGCCUUGUGGGUGCUGGGGAUUGAACCUGGGUCCCCUGAAACAGCAGCCAGUGCUCUUUCACUCAGGCAUUCUGCUCCUCACUACUUUUAUAUACUCUAUCCUUUUAGCUGUAAAAUCCUUUCCUGGUUUCUCUCUCUCUCUCUCUCUCUCUCUCUCUCUCUCUCUCUCUCUCUCUCUCUUUCUUUCUUUCUUCUUACUUGCUUUAUGCAGCCCUUUUGUGGCUCAAGAACAUUCAGGUAAAAGACACAGAAGACCCACCCCUGUCCCUCCACAGCAACUACCUUGCCUCUCGGGAACAGCUGCAUGAAAUGCCAGACAGGCCAAAGAGCCUCACUGCGAGUGAGGGUGCCAGAUGGCAAGCUUUCCCAAACCCACUGCAUGCCAGAGUAAUACAUUUAUUAAGUAAGUCUAGAAAUAAAACCCCAGAGCUGGAAAAGGCCAGCAAAGCAAGGGUCUGCCUGUGCUCACAUCGUCAUGGGUGCCUCACCUGUAUUUGUAGACAGCGUCUAAUCACAGCGAAGGCCCCGUGUGGACUUAGGUUUGAAACUAAAACUAUUCACACAUGCCUAUGAUGGAAAUAGGGGGAAAAUGCCUGAUUUGCUACGAAGGAAGGGAAAACCCUUCUUAAGAUAGACAACGUAUCCACGAGAGGUGACAAGUCACGUCGUUUUCAUGUGGGAGCCAUACAGAAAUGUGACGUUCCUGUUAUAUCAAGAGAAAGCAUCACUUCUCAUCAGAAGUGCCAGCACUAACCCAUAAGAAACGGGACAGCUUGCUAAAAUAAUUUGCAUUAUAAAACGCACGUUAUAAAUGACACAAUGGAACUUUAAGCAGCAUCUACAUCGGACACUUAGCUUCUAACUGGUUGGCAGAGCAGAUUUCACUAAAAGCACAUUUGAUUAGAUAAAAUAGUCGGCUCCUAGAUUCUACCCCCAGUACCCCCAAAUAGAAACUCUUUAUCCAUAGAAAUAAAGUGGUCAUUAAAUGUUUCAGAAAGAGUUACAUUUUCACUUUCCAAAAUUGCAGGGGGCAAUCAACUCAGAUAUCAGGCUUCUGGUUUUCCUCUCCAUUCCGAUGCUCGGAUUCCUUCUGGGGUAUUAUUCAUUCAAUGUUCCAAAGCUCAGCUAAUCCUCAAAACCUGAACUUCUCUGGCUCGGUUCUUGGCUGCUGUGUCUCCACACUCCCUAAAAGAGCUAAUGCUGCCAUGUGGAUUUAAAUUCCACUAUUUUUCUGGCUCCAGGAACCCCAAACUUCCACAUCUAUUUCCCCGAUGAACACACUUAUGUAUGACAGUAUGCACGUGGAUCUCGGGUUCAGUAAGUCCACAGGAAACAUCACCCUUGACCACUUGUUCCUCUCAUCUUGAACUCUGCAAUCCAUAUUGCCCUUUCUAGAAACUGUUCUUGAUUUUUUCCCCCUUCCUCCUCUAUUCCCUGGGUAUUUACAGUUUGAGUCCUAUUAGCCCUGCCCUCAGAAUGCAUCUCCAUUCGUACCGCUGUAGACACCUUUACCCCUUCAAUAUAGUGUGGACCAUGACAAUAACUUCUUACAUGGUCUCUUGACUUCCUUCACGACUCUGCCCCAGACAAUUCUCAGCAGAGAAGUGUUGCGGGAGGUCCUUCCGCCCCUCCAACCAAUAGCUGCUGUGAUACCAGCCCAUUGGGGCGUGGUCUCUCUCCCUUUAAAAAAGCGGCUACUUCCUCUGCUCGCUCUCUUCACUUACUGCUCCGCUGGAGACUAGACUCCCUUCCUGGUUGUGCAGAUGGCUGUUGUCUGGGACGGUGAUCUGUAAGUUCUUUCCCCUUUAAAUAAAUAACACCCUAUUAAUCAUAACUCCAAACUGGUGUGGCAUUGUUCGUGACUUACGCCUUCAGAGAAGAGAUGUAAUCUGUGGGCAGCAAAAUAUCUAAUCACUCUUGCGGCUUUCCAUGCAACUCUGAAUAACAUGCAGUCUUCUUUCCAAAAGCUACAAAGCACUGACUGUAUAUUUAUGAAAGCUUACUCU